UAAAUUUAUUUUUACCAGAGUAAGAAUCAAAUAAGAAGCAGUAAUUUAUAAAGCUACAUGUCAAAAUUUUCUAGGUUAUUAAAUUAUUUUCACCGAUUUAAAAAGGUCUGACGCGAUUAUAGCCUUAGUGGAACACAUUUAUUUCAAAAAAAAAAUUCAGUGAAAUAGUUGAUAUAUUUAUUAUUCAAGACUAUUUCAGGUGUAUUCCAUUAACACAGGUUUGUCAUCAUGCAUCGCACAAUGAAUAAGCUCGGUAGCUAUGUAAAGGAAGAUAAGGAAUUCGAGAACCAGGAUAUUAAAAAAAAAAUCAAAAAUAACCAUCGUGAUCGCGUCCUUAUGGCCAGACCUUUGACUGUUUGGGAGCGUUUAAGUAAAGUUAAGAAGGCAAGUAGUUUAGAACAUGUGCCUGAACAACGGCGCGGCCAUGCGCUAAAUCGUCUUGGACCGCCAGUUUCAAAUAGUGUGCCAUGGCAACAAGAAUCACACGAACAAGAACCAAGGAAAACCGGUGUGCGUCCUAUUUUGCCAGAGUCAAGAAACAUACGACGAACCACAGUACAGCGCACCGUUAUAUUGCCUCCACGUAGUGAGAAUGAAAACACAGGUGUCUCUAAUAACUCGAACAACUCCGCGAAAAAUUCAAUAAAGGAGUUACUGCAGGCUCGUAACAUAUCUUCUUCAUCUUCGCACACUAAUUCGUCGGAAAAUCGCGCAGACAGCAGUAUUAAUGUAAACGUGAUGACUUCCAUCGAUAUUGAUUGCAAAUCGAUUCAAGAACUCCAAAAGAAAGAAUCAAAUGACUCAAUGGAGGAAUAUGUUAUUGCACCCCUUAUACCUGUGCCCACCAGAACUUCUCUUAGCAAUGCAUCGCGUUGCGUAAGUAAUUUCUGUCACAUAGUAGAGCAGCAAAAGCGUUUGACAUCUAACGAAGAUACUGAGCUGUUGAAGAAUGUAGUUAAAUCAGAUGAACGUUAUACUAAACUUCGUGAGAAUGAUCCUGCCUUAUUCAAGGACAUACUUAAAUCGAAACUGGAAAAUAUAAUGCGUCAGGAGCUCAUACUUAAGAAUGCAUUAUUUUCAUUAGAUAUGAAUGCACAUGAAAUCGAGCACUUAGAAAAGGCAGCUGUUUUGGAGAACUCAACUGCAUCAAAAAAGCCCCAAGUUGACGUUAUCUUCAAGAAUGUGCCCACACUCGAAAAAGAAAUCAUUAUUUUAAAAGCGCUUGGUGAAAAAUUGGAGGCUACCUUACGACGCACAAAUGCAGAAGGUAAAAACGAAUCAGAGAACGAAAUUCCAUUUGUUACUUCUCUUCCUAAUAUGGAGUCAGCACAUUCUUGUGCUUGGAUUGAAGAUAUUGCAAAAAGUGUUCAGAUUGAAGCGAAAGUUGAAGGUGUUAAGCAAGACAUAGGUAUCGCUAAGGAAUAUAGGAGAGCAGACAGAACCUUGGGUGAAUUAAAAGCAGAUGCUGACUCUAAAUUUUGGAUGUUUAACGGUGAAGAAAAAAAUAAGAUGAAGUGUACAUCGUUUAAUAAACUUGCUCAGAAGCCAAAUGUACUAUUAAGUUGCUUGAAGUCGGAUGGACUUCUAACACCAUUUAAUCUUGUAGAUCAAGAUCCAAUGUUUCUUAACAGUUAUUUUUCUAAAACUCUAGGAGAAAAUUUCUUUGCUGAUGAAAAGCUUUCCGAUUUGUCUGAAUGUUCAUCCGAAAAAGCAAGUUUACUAGGUGAAAGCGGAGAUAGUACACAGGACAUACAGUUAAAAGAGACAUCCGAAGUAGAGCCACCAAAAAUAGAAGAAAUUUUUGAAACUGCCAAACAAAAGCUUGUAAAUAAAAAAACGCAGACUAAGGAUAAAAAUAGUGUUGCACGCUCCAAGGUUGUAAGGGAAACAAAGAACACUAAGAAAUGUGUAAAACGUCCUAAAUCUACUAAGACUGAUAGUGUACCCAAAUUACAUGGAAAGCGCCCUAAACGUGUAGUGACUCCCAUGCCACUUGAUAAGUUCCUGAUCGAGCCCAAAAAUGAUUUAAUUAAAACUAUUGUCAUUGGAUCGGUGCAGGUGUCAGUUUUCUUGUUGUUCAUCAUGGCCUUCACCUAUCCAGAUGCCACUUGCUAGCAACUAAUAAAACCAAAAAUCCGGUCAAAUAAAUAUAUUUUUUUUAUAUACUACGAAACUGCUCCAAUAUUUUGACAUUUGUCGUAAAAUUUUUCCCAGUAAUUUCUAUACAAAUACCAUUUUACGUGAAUAUUUGUGUUGUGAUUCUCAUGUGGGAUUCUUCAAAAUUUUUGUAAGAAAAUUACAGAAGUUAAAUUUAAAAUUUUAGUG